AACUGAGAGCCGGCAGCGAGCUGAGCUGAGUGUCGGCCUCUGCUCCCAGUUCUCCCAGCUCCCAGGGUGGCACGCGGCCACUUCAACUGGCCCGUCUUCAGGUUCCCAGGGCCCGUGGCCACCAGGAUGCUAUGGGCGCUGCCCAUGAAUGACAACAAGCCCUGAAAGCUCGGGGGGCGUCACGCAGUCCCACAAGCCUGCAUGCCCCACAGCCGAGAUGGGCUCAGCUCCUGGACUUGCCACAGACAGAAAGCAUAACACACACUUGCUGGGGAGAGUCUUUGCCUGAUCGGGGGCUGCUCAGAGCACAGGAAGGUGGCCGGCCAGCUGGAAGCAAGAGAUGCAGAGCACCGUCAAUUACCUGUGGCACACGGAUGACCUGCUGGGUCAGGGGGCCACUGCCAGUGUGUACAAGGCCCGAAACAAGAAAUCCGGGGAGCUGGUUGCUGUGAAGGUCUUCAACACGGCCAGCUACCUGCGACCCCGCGAGGUGCAGGUGAGGGAGUUUGAGGUCCUGCGGAAGCUGAACCAUCAGAACAUCAUCAAGCUCUUUGCGGUGGAGGAGACGGGGGGCAGCCGGCAGAAGGUGCUGGUGAUGGAGUACUGCUCCAGCGGCAGCCUGCUGAGUGUGCUGGAGAGCCCUGAGAACGCCUUUGGGCUGCCCGAGGACGAGUUCCUGGUGGUGCUGCGCUGUGUGGUGGCCGGCAUGAACCACCUGCGGGAGAACGGCAUCGUCCACCGAGACAUCAAGCCCGGGAACAUCAUGCGCCUGGUCGGGGAGGAGGGGCAGAGCAUCUACAAGCUGACGGACUUUGGGGCAGCCCGGGAGCUGGAUGACGACGAGAAGUUCGUCUCGGUCUACGGCACCGAGGAGUACCUGCACCCUGACAUGUAUGAGCGGGCGGUGCUUCACAAGCCCCAACAGAAAGCUUUUGGGGUCGCCGUGGAUCUCUGGAGCAUUGGGGUGACCCUGUACCAUGCGGCCACUGGCAGCCUGCCCUUCGUCCCCUUUGGAGGGCCCCGACGCAACAAGGAGAUCAUGUACCGGAUCACCACGGAGAAGCCAGCCGGGGCCAUCGCAGGCACUCAGAGGCUGGAGAACGGGCCCCUGGAGUGGAGCUACACACUUCCCAUCACCUGUCAGCUGUCCAUGGGGCUGCAGAGCCAGCUGGUGCCCAUCCUGGCCAACAUCCUGGAGGUGGAGCAGGCCAAGUGCUGGGGCUUCGACCAGUUCUUUGCGGAGACCAGUGACAUCCUGCAGCGAGUUGUCGUCCACGUCUUCUCCUUGCCGCAGGCCGUCGUGCACCAUGUCUACAUCCACGCGCACAACACGAUAGCCAUCUUUCUGGAGGCCGUGUACAAGCAGACCAACGUGGCCCCCCAGCACCAGGAGUACCUCUUUGAGGGUCACCUCUGUGUCCUCGAGCCCAGCGUCUCAGCACAGCACAUCGCCCACACGACAGCAAGCAGCCCCCUGACCCUGUUCAGCAUGGUCAGCGAGACCCCCAAGGGGCUGGCCUUCAGGGACCGGUGUAGAAGGCAGAUCUGGGUUCUAAUUCUGCAUACGCCUCUGAAAUGCCAUGUGACUCGGGCUGGUGGCCUGCCCAACCUGCUUCGCAGCGUCCAAAGAUCUGGGAAAGAAACUACAAUGGAAACAGGGAGAUGUGGAUUCAAUGUGGUCUCCACAGUCUGUGCUGCUCUGGACAUCCCCAAGUUUGUCCCCAAAGUGGACCUGCAGUCAGAUUACAACACGGCCAAGGGUGUGUUGGGUGCCGGCUACCAGGCCCUGCGGCUGGCACAGGCCUUGCUGACAGGACAGGAGCUGAUGCUUCGGGGACUGCACUGGUUCGUGGAGGUACUCCAGGCCACGUGUAGGCGGACGCUGGAGGUCACGAGGAUGGCCCUCCUCUUCCUCAGCAGCAGCCUCGGCACUGAGAGAAAGGGAGAGACUGGGGAGGAGGACAUCAAGCUGGAGGGUCUGGAGAUAAGCAGGAAGACUCCACCGGCCAGCGCGCUGCUGAGAAGGCGGCAGGGGCUACGGUACAGGUUCAGCAACGUGGCUGGGGUGCCUGAGAUCCAGGAACUGAAGAGGGCCGCAGAGCUGAGGUCCAAGCUGCGGACCUUGGCUGAGGUCCUCUCCAGAUGUUCCCAUAACAUCACAGAGACCAAGAUGACCCUGAGCAACCUGAGCUCUGAGCUGAUGAAGAACCGGGAUCAGGUACAUGCGGACAGAAGCAUCCAGCAGAUUCAGUGCUGUUUGGACAAGAUGUAUCUCAUUUACAAACAGUUCAAGAAAUCCAGGAUGAGGCCAGGGCUUGGCUACAACGAGGAGCAGAUUCACAAGCUGGAUAAGGUGAAUUUUAGUCAUUUAGCCAAAAGGCUCCUGCAGGUGUUCCAGGAGGAGCGUGUGCAGAAGUACCAGGCAUCCCUGGUCACGCAUGGCAAGAGAAUGAGGGUGGUGCAUGAGACCAGGAACCACCUGCGCCUGGUGGGCUGCUCCGUGGCCGCCUGUAACACAGAAGCCCAGGGAGCCCAGGAGAGCCUCAGCAAGAUCCUUGACUGGCUAUCUCACCAGCUCCUGCAGGACAGAACAAAGGGGGCUCAGGCCUCACCACCCACUACAGCUCCUUAUCCUAGCCCUGCACUAAAGGACCUGGUUCUCCACAUGCAAGAGCUCUGCAAGGAGAUGAAGGUGCUGGCGUCUGACCUCCAGGACAACAACCGCGUCAUCGAAGGGUUAAGUAGGGUCCCAUCGGCUCCUGACAUCUGAACUCUGGGGGGUGCACGAGGAAUCCUGAAGCAUUAGAAUCGUUCAGACACUGCUCUCCUGCCUGCACUGGGGGACCCAACACAGGACGAUACCUGGUCACAUCUCAUCAGCCUACCUCUCUCCUGCCUGACGGCCAGGAGGUUUUGCCAGCAUUACCUUCCACUGCCUGUCUUCGGGAAGCAGCACAGCAGGACGUGGGGCACCAGGCCAUCUCUGGAUCCUGGCCCCACUGCCCAGGCUGACCUUUGAAUCUUACGUGGAAUCAGGUACAGCUCCUCUGUUGCCCUGGCCUGUAUAGCUGAACCUGGCCGGGCUGUGGGGAGAAGAGGCUCCGAAAGCCGCUCCCUCCCACCCCCUCUGGUUUACGGGGCUUUACUCCUCAGGGAACAGAAGAGGAGGCCUCCUGGGGUCAAACGACCUCAUCUCAGUCUUCCUUCCUCUUAAGGUGUUCUACACUGAACACACAGCCCUCUCCCUGCUCCCACGAUAUCUGAGGGUUACCACACGUGGCCCCAGGCAUGACAGAGCCCAAGUUCCCUUCUCCUCUGGUCUGGCUGAGCCUAAGGCUGAGAAAGCACGUGGUCGAGGCCGGAUGCCAGUGUCUCGGGGACCCUUUCCCCUGUCCCUCUGAGGCACCACCGGGUUCUGGGGUUUGUAGCCAGCAGUGUCAACAGUAGCCGUGCCAGUUAGCACAGGCCCGUAAGUCCAGAGCCCUGAGGAAAUCAAGGCCCGCAUCUUCAAGAAGUGAAAUAAACUUGACAUUCCUUUCUGUU